AUGAGCCUCGUGGCAGCUGAAGAGGCAUGGCGCCGAUGGGGCGAUGAUGUCCAGCUGAGUGCUGGAGUUGCGUUCACGGGACGUAAAAGAGAGCCGCAAAGUGUGGGCUGGAGAGCAACCGAGAAGGGGCGUCAGCUCAGCAUCGUCCCUGCGGUCGGUGGAGUUGUCCAGUUCAAGGCCUGUGAACGCAAGCCUGAGCUGAGCCUGUGCUACGGGACCAUUGCGCGGCGCGAGAAUGGCAUGCUCACCAUUAGCUUGGCGCCAGCCAGUGUGAGAGACCUGCUUCAGCUUCAGCUGCGGGGAGAGCGGGAAGAGAUUCCUGCUUCGCUCGAGGCAGCUGGGGCAAGCGCGGAAGCGGCGCAGGCCGCCGGAAGUGGUGCUUACGCUCCGCUGCAAGGCCAGGUUCGCAUGUUGGAGCAAGCGAAGAAGACCAAGGAAGCGCUUGUUCUUUGGCAUGGGCGGUCAGCUAUGCUACCGGUGUGGGCCAAGUCAUUCUGGCAGGAAGUUGGCCUGAUGGAACCAUUGGAACAGCGCUUGAAGGUCUUGCUGUUGUCCCAAGGCUACUUAGGCAGAGGAGUUGGCUCACCUCCGCGCUUCAGAGAGCUGAAGGAGAAAUUGGAUGAGCUCUCCACUGCGGGCGCGGUUGCGCACUCUUUGGACGCUUUCCGGGCUCAAGACGGCGCCGCGUGGAUCGAAGAAGGAGACGAGGGUCCAGAAGGCUGGGAGGCGGCCUUGCUGCCCGAUCUCAAGCGAGCAGGGCCCGAGAUCUACUCCUCCAUGAAGGCUGCAGGCGUGCGGUGUGUUCGCGAUUGGGUGAACAGCAUGUUCAGUGUCGAGCAAAGACAGUCGGCUCACUAUGUGGACCUGUUCAACCUUGCGUCCCUGGUCGAUUUCAAGGCCAAGGAAGGGGGGCCCUCGCAGGCAAAGGUCCUGAGCAUUAUUGCGCAAGAUGAUACCUGCGAGGUGGCUCUGAGGCGCCUGGCGGCAUGGAUCCAUGAGCGGCGCACAGGAGACCGGGACGCCGCGCAGAGCAUGCUGGCGAUCAAACCUUCAUCGUUUUCGACGGAUGUUGCCCCGAGCUGGCUCGUCACGGAAGCUGCCUCAUACAGCCAGUCUGAGCACAAGCGCCGGGAACGCGCAAGGGCGCAGAGCGGCGCAGGAGCGGCUCAAGGGAGCGGGUGUGCACAUGAUGCUCUGCCGGAUCAUUGCAUGUCAGAUUGUAUUCAAGACCUUUGCUCCAGUGAUGGUCGUGUUUUCCCUCUUCCUUUGCCCCCGAUGCCGCCGCAGCCUCAGUCGUCUUCUCCCAGACUGAGGAAGAGGUGGCGUGAGAGACUAAUCUUAUGGAAGCUGGUGUUCAGGUGGAUUUCUUUUCUCAAUGAUUUGUACAGUUCAACUUUGCGGGAGCCUAAGAAGCACUUUGCCGCAACGCGCGCGCAGUCCCCAAUCAGCGCGGCGCAAGCGGCUGUUCUGCGACGUCUUUGGGAUCGUGCUAAAGAUUGUCGUGAGGGCCGCCGCCGGGAACCUCUUGUUUCUGGGACAGGCGGCCACUCGGCUGCGGUACAGAUUGUGAAGGGUGCCGUGGCUGAUGACUCUUAUGCCAGGGUCAAGAAGAAGCAGAAUCAGAUUCCUCUCCAAGCAAAGCUCAUUGCCGAGCCCUCGGAAAACCGUGUGGUCGACAUGCUUGAGGCUCUCCCUCGUUCCGAAUCAGAUUUUUACAGCAGCGAGAGCAAUUGCAUUGACAUGGCUGGUAAAGCUAGGCAGCUUCAAGAUGACAUUGAGCAGCAGUUUGCUUUUGUCGGAGGCACGUUUGACGAGUACUGCAAAUAUUUUCACAGAAGCGAUUUGCCCAGCAACAUGUGGUCAUGGAGGUCUUUUUCAGAAGUCAAAGCAAUUGCUGGCUUUUCGUGUGUGCCUAAGAAAGACGGUGUUACUCAACGCAAGUUGGUGAUGUGUUGUUCUUUCAACUACCUGCUGUCGGAUGUGGAGGCUCGGUCAAGACUAGGGAUGACUGGGGCUGGCGCUCUCGCGCGAACUCAUCUCGAGAAGCCGGGCUUGAAGGCAGCAGUUUGUGACCAGUCGAAUGCGUUUACAAGCGUGCUGGUCCCAGAGUGGAUGAUCCCAUACCAGGCGGUCCCACCGCUUCCGGCGGGCGAGGUCUGGGAGCUUUUGCCUCGGCGUCUUCGUGAAGGGUUGUCCGCCACUGAUUGGGUAUGUCCGUGUUACAUGCGUUUGCCCAUGGGUUGCAGUCACUCCGUGCACAUCCUGAUGAGCAUUAACUUGCGCAUUAUCGGCAUGACCUUGUUUUCGAGCCAACUUCUUUCUCGCACUCCGGCUUCAGGUCACUUCGUCGCGGAGAACUACGAUAUCGAGCAGAGGCCUCCCGACAUGCACUUCGGUUGCUCAGACGCGGAGUGGUGGGAGCGCUUUGCAGCCCGUGGUUCAUACCGUGCUGAAGCAGGUUUUUCAGUUGAGCAGUGGUGGGCUGUCAUCCGGAAGGCUCGCCUCGCCCCACACCGGGUGUUUGUGAUCAUGCAUCUGUUCGGAGGGGAGCGGCGGUUGAACGACGUUCAGCAUUUUGCCGAGCGCUUCGCGGAGGAAGCGGGGCUCACAGUGCUCUUUGCUACCGUAGACCUGGCGACUGAUCAUCGUUGGGACCUUGCUCGCGAAGACACUCAGCACGAGCUUUUGGGCAUGAUGUCAGGCUUCGUGGAUUUACUCAUGUUGGGCCCGCCGUGCUCUACAGUCUCCAGGGCCAGGCAUGCCGACAACAGUGUGGGAGUCAGGCCGGUCCGUUUUCGUGAUUGUUUCUGGGGCAGGCCGGAUCUUCUUCAUCAUGAGCGUGCUAGGGUCGAGGAGGCGAAUGUGCUGUACAAGCAUAGCAUGGCUUUGUGUGAUCGCAUCUCAUUGUAUGGCGGAAGCUUUCUGUGGGAGCACCCGAAGGACCCUGGCUGUCAGCCUUAUCCAUCGAUCUUUGCCACGACUGAGUUCAGGGAGAUGCUGGCGCGCACGGGUUCCGCGUCGGUGUCUUUUGAUCAAUGCACUCUUGGAGGUCCCACUCGAAAGCCGACCACUUUGGCUGGUAAUGCUCGGGGCCUCGAUCGUUUUGUCCACUGCGCUUGUCCCGGUGAAAGCUCUUCUCAUCGGCAUGAACGUUCGAUGGGGUUUGACAGUGAAGGUCACUUUCUCACGAGACGGCUGCAAACUUAUCCUCCAGGUAUGUGUCGGCUAGUUGCGGAGUGUAUGAUCGAGUCGUGCACAGCGUGGCAGGCUUCCGGAGAAGGGCCGACGGGCUUCUUUGCAAAGGGGCCCCGGGCGCCUUUGGCUCCUUGGUCAGUGAGUGCCUCAGCUGAUCGCAUAGGAGUCAGGAUCUUGAACGAAGCCGUGGAGGAUCAUGUUCGAGUGCUGCUGGGGGAUGAUCAUUUAGGCCUCUACCUGCAUGUGGACGAUACGCUAUACUUCUCGGAGUGGGCGCAUGAGAUUGCUGACAACAUGGAGGCCGCAGGUUUCCGAGUGCCAGAUCGGCGAUCGGGUGAUGAGAUCGCGAAAGUGGUAGGCUAUGAGAUUGAUGCGCAGAAGGGCGAAUUUUCUUUGCCCCAUAAGAAGGCCCGCUUACUUCAGGCCGCUUUCCUCGAAGUGGCGAGCGCUCGUUUCGUGUGUGUCGAAUUGCUCAGGGCUCUGGUCGGGAUCUGGAGUUUCGGUGCACAACUUAGACGGGACCUGUAUUCCAUCCCAUUCUCGGUAUACCACAUGUUGGACAUUUGCGAAGGCCAGUUUGUGCGUCUCUGGCCGUCGGUGAGGCGAGAGCUCAUUGCUAUGGCCAGGUUCAUGGUUUUGCGAGCCUCGGACCCAGUGAGCAGAUUGGUGUUCGCAACGGACGCCAUGGGAGCUGAUGAUGUGGAUUGUGGGGGUUAUGGGAUUUGCGUGGCUCAGGCUACUUAUGAGGAGUUUGCGGCUCUGAUGUGGGCCGGUGAAGAGCCGGGGUUUGCCAUCUCCGAACGAGACCGGGGUCUGAAGGGUUUUCGCAAUCCGGCUGACAUGAUCAAGCUUACACGUCCGUUUUCGAGAUUGCCCCGGUCUUUGUUUGAAGAUUUUAGGUGGACUGAGUUGCAAGCGGGCCGAUGGCGGUCAGCCGAUCACAUCACCAUAGGAGAAGCCAGGGCUGUCACAAAGUGCUUGGAACUGCGCAAUGACCAAAGGAAGGUCCUCGUCAUGGGGGCUAAACUUUUACCUGAGGCGAAGGGCUGCGCUUGGGCUUGCAUGUGGAUUGCGCUUCAUUUUCUCGUGGUGCCAGCUCAUGCCGGCCGAUCGGGCCUCAAGACGCUCGACCCGCUUCAUGUGAACUCCGUCUUGAGUGACACUUACAAGCGCUACGAAAGGGCGGUUGAGAAGUUUGAGGUUUUCUUGCUUCAGAACGACGCGGCUCCUACUUCAGCUGCUGAGCUUGACGAGUGGCUCAUUUUGUUCCGCCGGGAGGCCUCUUUGACCAGAUCACAGUUCGAGGUCACCCUGGCGGGCAUCCAGUUUUUGGCACCGCGCUUAAAGGGAAAAUUGCCCCUUGCGAAGAAGGUCACCAAAGGUUUGGCGAUCGAGUACCCUGCGAAGCAUGCUUUCCCUAUGUUGUCUCGUUCGGCUAGGUUCAUUGCGAGUAAGAUGGCAACUGCACGUGAGCAUCGUUUGGGAGUUUGUAUGCUACUGCAGCAAGCAACAGGGCUUCGUCCAUCAGAGAUGCUGGGUCUGUGCGAGCAUGAUAUUAUUCGACCCAGUGACUUCGUGCCUCGCUAUGUGCUUCGCCUUGGUACCAACGUGGGCACCAAGGUUGGGAGAGAGCAGACCGCGUUCUUUGACCCGGAACAGGACCCAGUGCUCGCCAUGUUGUUGUUUAGGUUGCUGCGGGCCACUCCCGAGCGGGGAUCACUGGCUGCCUGUGGAUAUGAUCACUAUAGGAAGGUACUCGCUCGACACAGUUCAUGCUUGGGGGUGCAAUACUCGCCUCACUCUUGCAGGGCCGGCUUCGCAACAGAGGCUAUCAUCAAAGGCGAGGCUCCCACCCUCGUGCAGAGGCGCGGUCGGUGGAAAUCGGAAGCGAGUUUCCUUGUGUACAUCGACGUGGCCACCGCUUUGCAGCGGCAGCCCAUGGGCCUGCCGGUUACCGUGGCGAUCGAAGACGCCUCGGAGGAGGAGUCCUCGGAGUACCAGCCGCCCGCUCCUUCGCGUCCUGUGAGAUCUCAGCCGCGCCAGCGGGCCAUGACCCCGCCUCCUCGAGCUCUUCAGUCCCGCCCGGGGGGUCGGCGUUCCAAGCUCGACGGCUCCACAGUUCUCACUGCGGAAAGGCGCGCGCACCUGCCCGCGGAUGGUUUGGUGGGAUCUGCUGCAGACGGCGCAGUGCGUGAUCCCCCUAGGCGGGGCGCGCUUCGAAGGAAGCAGGCAUCCUGGUUUGGCUGGAUUUGGAAGUCGUGCUGCAAGGGGGCGGCUCGGCUUCGCAUGAUGGUGCUUUGGGGCAGCUUGGCCUAUGUCAUCGCGGCUGGGCCGAUGCGUGAACUCUUGUUGCCGGUGCAAAGCCUACUGGUGUCCACGGCGCAGGUUGGUGAGAGCGCAGCUGGGGCGCUCUCGUCCAUUCUGGAUGGUGGCACGCAGCUGGUUUCGGCUUCUACGAGCGUGGUUAAGGCGGCUUCGGUUAACACGCUCAGUGUGGCGCAGGCCGCCUGGAUUGGUGUGGACCUCGUCGGCAUGAACGCCACUAAAGUGGUUGGGCGAGUCUUGGGUGAAACCUCUGAGGCCAUUGAGCUCUGGCUUUUCUCGACGCAGGGUCGCGAAGUGCUGCGGGACCCGGCUCAGGAAGCCUUGACCUUCUGGUUGGGGUUGUUACGCUCGCAAACUUUCCACUUGCCGGUGACUACUGGGGUCGUCUCCUUCGCCGCCAACGGCCUCGUGGUUUUCGAGUUCCGGAUGCUUCGCAUGACUUUUUCACCACGCUGGGCCAACCCUGUGUGGCAAGUGGGCGGCUGGAACGCGGAGGAUGAGUAUGAUCAGAUUUUGCUCCUUGCUCGCGACUUCGCUACUACCGUGCCUGCGGUCAACCACACGUGGGACCAAAUUUUGGCCCCCCCGCCCUCCUCAGCUCACUGGCCUGCCAUUGUGGGGCUCCUGCGCCGCUUAGGGGCUCUUCUUGGGAGCCCGCUGCGAGCCAGCUGGCGCUUCUGGGCUUCCAUGUGGGAGUAUGGGACCAUGCAUCCGCUGGCGUUUGGAGGUUUGGUGCUUGUGACUACAGGCGGCUGCCUUUGUGUUCGGCGUCUCGGCCCUCUCGCUGCACCUCCAGCCGAAGGACAUAUUGUGCACUGGCGCAGGCUGGUGGAACUCAUGUUGCUCAUGCGUGGCUGGAUGUUGGUGCGCGGGGGCUCGCUAGCAAGGCAGCUACUUCAUUGA